AUGGAAUUUAUAUACAAAUAUGCUUGGAUCGUGCCUUUCCUUCCGCUUUCAGCUUCUGUACCAAUCGGAUUAGGCUCCUUAUUUUUUCCAGGAGCAACUAAGAGUGUUCGCCGUACAUGGGCUCUUAUUAGCAUUUUUCUGUUAAGCGUAGCUAUGUUUCUUUCUUUCAAUUUGUUCUUGCAACAGAUUACCGGCGGUCCCAUCUAUCGAUAUUUCUGGUCCUGGGUUAUCAAUAAUAAGUUUUCAUUAGAGUUGGGCUAUUUGAUUGAUCCACUUACUUCCAUUAUGUUAGUUUUAGUCACAACAGUUGGAACCAUGGUUAUGAUCUACAGCGAUAAUUAUAUGUCUCAUGAUAAAACAUAUGUGAGGUUUUUUGCUUACCUUAAUUUUUUUAAUGCUUCUAUGCUGGGGCUAGUUAUUAGCCCUAAUUUAUUACAAAUAUAUAUAUUUUGGGAAUUAGUAGGAAUGUGUUCCUAUUUAUUGAUAGGUUUUUGGUUUACGCGACCCAGUGCGGCUAAUGCUUGUCAAAAAGCAUUUAUAACUAACCGUGCAGGGGAUUUUGGACUCUUAUUAGGAAUCCUAGGUUUUUAUUGGGUAACAGGUAGUUUUGAAUUUCAAUAUUUGUCUGAAAAAUUAAAUGAAUUGACUGCCAUUGAUGGGGUUGGUUCGUUUUUUGUUACUUCGUGUGCUUUUCUCUUAUUUUUAGGUCCAGUAGCCAAAUCUGCGCAAUUCCCACUUCAUGUAUGGUUACCUGAUGCUAUGGAAGGGCCUACUCCUAUUUCAGCUCUUAUACAUGCCGCUACUAUGGUAGCAGCAGGAAUUUUUCUUGUAGCUCGAUUGUUUCCUCUUUUUAAAGCUCUACCUUUAAUAAUGUAUCUUAUCUCUUGGAUAGGGGGAAUAACAGCUCUAUUGGGAGCUACUAUGGCUCUCGCCCAAAAAGAUCUUAAAAGAGGCUUGGCUUAUUCUACUAUGUCUCAAUUAGGUUACAUGAUGUUAGCUCUAGGGAUAGAUUCCUAUCGAAUCGCUCUGUUCCAUUUGAUUACACAUGCUUAUUCCAAGGCAUUAUUGUUCCUAGGAUCCGGAUCAGUGAUCCAUUCCAUGGAACCCAUUGUUGGAUAUUGCCCCCGUAAAAGUCAGAAUAUGGCUCUUAUGGGUGGUUUGAGGAAAUAUAUGCCAAUUACAGGAAUCACUUUUCUUUUAGGGACACUUUCUCUUUCUGGUAUUCCACCUUUUGCUUGUUUUUGGUCUAAAGACCAAAUUCUUAGUGAUAGUAAGUUAUAUUCUCCCAUUUUCGGGGGGAUAACUUGGUUCACAGCAGGAUUAACUGCCUUUUACAUGUUUCGUAUGUAUUUACUCACUUUUGAAGGGGACUUCCGCGUAAAUUUAGUUAAUUCAUAUAACAACCAUAUUACAUUAUAUUCGACUUCUAUGUGGGGAGAGGAGGAAUCCAGGAUAUUAAAUAGAACGAGAGCAGAUUCUAUGUCGAAUCAAAUUAUAGGAAGGAAUAAUUCCUUUUCCAAAGAAGCAUUUCAAAUUUCGAAUAAGAUGGAAGGAUUGUACAAAAAGAACAGAGGUUUGGUUGUCACUUAUCCUUUCUUUUAUAAAGGAUCUUUUGCAUAUCCGAAAGAAUCGGGCAAGGCAAUGCUAUUUCCUUUAGUUGUAUUGGGAAUAUUUACUCUGUUUGUUGGAUUAAUAGGAGUUCCUUUUUUUCGAAGCGGAAUGAGGUAUGACAUAUUAUCUCAAUGGUUUGCUUCAUCGACGGCCCCUUUUGAUAAGAAACAUCCGGAGAAUUGGUCCGAAUUUUUCAUAGACGCAAUCCCCUCAGUUGGUAUAGCAUUUCUCGGUAUAUUGAUUGCCUGUAUUCUAUAUAGACCUAUUUACUUCUUAUCACAGGAUGUAUAUCAUAAAACAAAUCCUCAUAUGAAGAUUAUUAUGGACCAAUCGAUUAAUAUUAUAUAUAAUUGGUCUUUUUAUCAAGCUUAUAUAGACAUAUAUUAUGACAUAAUCUUGAUUAAAGGUAUACGAGGAUUAGCUGAAACAAGUCAUUCAUUUGAUCAAUGGGCAAUUGAUGGAAUCCCAAAUGGAGUAGGUUUUUUAGGUCUUUUUGUAGGAGAGGGAAUGAGAUGCUUAGGAGGGGGACGUAUAUCUUCGUAUAUAUUUUUUUCCUUAUUUUGUGUAUUAAUAUCUAUAUUAAUAUAUUACUAUUCAUUUUCAUUCUAUCCAUAG